AUGUCGAAACGUCCGCGACCCAUGCCCAUUUCCAUUUCCAAAGAGCCGGAACAAACCAUUGUACCGCCGCGUAACCUGGACUCCCGGGCAACCAUUCAAAUUGGCGAGCAAACGUUCGACAUCGAGGCCGACAGCCUGGAGAAGAUCUGCGAUCUGGGCCGGGGCGCCUAUGGCAUUGUCGAGAAGAUGCGACACCGGCAAACGGACACAGUUCUGGCGGUCAAGCGCAUCCCCAUGACGGUCAAUAUACGGGAACAGCAUCGCCUGGUCAUGGACUUGGACAUAUCGAUGCGUUCCAGCGACUGCCCCUACACGGUACAUUUCUAUGGUGCCAUGUAUCGGGAGGGCGAUGUCUGGAUCUGUAUGGAGGUGAUGGACACCAGCCUGGACAAGUUCUAUCCGAAGGUCUUUCUCCACGACCUGUGCAUGGAGGAGAGUGUGCUGGGCAAGAUUGCCAUGAGCGUGGUGAGUGCCCUGCACUACCUGCACGCCCACUUGCGGGUCAUCCAUCGGGAUGUCAAGCCCUCCAAUAUACUGAUCAAUCGCGCCGGCCAGGUCAAGAUCUGUGACUUUGGCAUCUCAGGCUACCUCGUGGACUCCAUUGCCAAGACCAUCGAUGCCGGCUGCAAGCCGUACAUGGCACCGGAACGCAUCGACCCGCAGGGAAAUCCGGCCCAGUACGACAUCCGGUCGGAUGUUUGGUCCCUCGGCAUCAGCAUGAUUGAGAUGGCAACGGGCCGCUUUCCCUACGACAACUGGCGGACGCCCUUCGAGCAGCUGCGUCAGGUGGUUGAGGAGGAUCCCCCACGUCUGCCGGCUGGCAAAUUUUCACCAGAAUUCGAUGACUUCAUCGCCGUCAGCCUGCAGAAGGAGUACAAGGCGCGGCCCAACUACGAGCAGCUGCUCAGGCACAACUUCAUCGUGGAUCAUCUGCAGCGCAACACGGACAUUUCGGAGUUUGUGUCCCGGAUACUGGACGCGCCGGAUGCGCCGGUGGCAGCGCAGUAGUUUCCACUUAUCCAUCGUGCCCGUGUAAAUUGCCGCCGUCUUCUUUCAACAACAACAACAACAACAACAAAGCAUGCAUUUCAUACAUGUGUGUGUGUGUGUGUGUGUCAGUAGUGUGUUUCUGUGUUUUUUCGUCCUUGUUGUCCUGAUCCGGAAAGCUAAGAAGCCGAAAAGCCUGAAGCAUGCAAUCCAACCAGAAAAAUCAAGAAAAUCUGAAGCAUCUUUAACUGAAAAAACAAACUGCAUAAUUAUUAAUUUAAGUAAAAAAUUAAAGCUAAAGCUAAAAACUUGCAAAAGCUCUAAAAACUAAAAAAAUGAAGAAAAGAACCGAACCGUGCCUCCUAGCUGGCGAUGCUGCUGUCUUCAAAUCAUAAAAAAACAAACAAAAAUAAUUAUUAAAAAAUAUAUAGCAUAGAGAUGGAAAGCAGAAG